CCCGCAGGAAGCAGCGGCCUCUUUAACAAAGUCUCCUUAACCACGCCCACUCGCCCAGCUUGUCCUGCCGCGUGACGUCACCUCCUAGGCGACCAGACUCGGUUUGUAGGCCUGAGGAUGGCGGCCUCGCGUCAGAACGAGCGCGACGGCUUGUCCGAGCUCAGGAAAGACAAGCAGCGAAAGGCAGGCAAGAUGGCUCCUUCUCCGACCAAGCGCAAAGAGCGAUCAGAAGACCGUACCAAGGAACGGACUAAAGAAAAGGCACCAGGCAAAGAAGCCACAGAAAAAGACCGGGGCCGUGAUAAGGCAAGGAAGAGACGCAGUGCAUCAAGCGGAAGCAGCAGUAGCAGCCGCUCGCGGUCCAGCUCGUCCUCCAGUUCUUCGUCUGGAUCCAGUUCAGGUUCUAGCUCUGGCUCUAGUUCCUCCUCUGCCUCGAGCCGGUCAGGAAGUUCCAGCUCCUCGCGGAGUUCCAGUUCCAGCAGCUCAUCAGGAUCCCCAAGCCCAUCACGCCGCCGCCAUGACAACCGCAGGCGCUCUCGAUCCAAAUCCAAACAGCCCAAGCGUGAGGAGAAGGAAAGGAAGAGACGAAGCCCAAGUCCUCGACCCACAAAAGUGUACAUUGGGCGACUGACGAGGAAUGUCACAAAGGACCAUAUUCUAGAGAUCUUCUCCACCUAUGGGAAGAUUAAGACAAUCGACAUGCCCUUAGACCGGACACACAUUCACCUUUCUAAAGGUCAUGCCUACGUGGAGUUUGAGGCAGCAGAUGAUGCUGACAAGGCCCUAAAACACAUGGAUGGAGGACAGAUAGAUGGUCAGGAGAUCACAGCCUCAGCAGUUCUCACCCAGCGACCAAUGCGUGUGAUGCCCCGAAGGUUCAGUCCUCCUCGCAGGAUGAUGCCACCACCCCCCAUGUGGCGUCGCUCACCCCCACGAAUGAGGAGGAGGUCACGGUCACCGCGCCGCCGGUCACCAGUUCGCCGCCGUUCUCGAUCCCCAGCUCGUCGUCGCCACCGCAGCCGUUCCAGCUCAAACUCUUCUCGGUGAAUCUUUGGUUCUCCCCUCACCGAUCUCUCACACCGCUGACCCACCCAAAACAAACGGUGGCAGCUUUCGGUUCUAACGCAACGAUCACAUAGAACUUUAACAGAUUUGCACAACCAGUUCAACUGCAUUUCUCAAGAGAAAGGAAAAUGGUCCUCCUGUAAAAGUGUUGCAACAAAGACAUUCACAUCUUGCUGAUUCCUUUUGGCUCCCCUUGUCAAUCUUGAUAUGUGAACAUUUUAAAGUUUAUUGGGUUCAAAUAGAAUAUUCCUUUUGCUAAUAAAAUGUAAUUUUAAUUUAACAAAUGCCUAACCUGUCUCUUAGGGCCUCUGUAUGCAGGGGUACAAAACCUGCUCCCUUUGACGUUUCCUGUAACCCUCUUCUACAUCUCCUGGGGGUCUAAUAGAUCAGUGUUGAAAUUCCACUUUGAAAGUAAGGCAAGCAUUGUUAUUUUGACAUUUGGGAUGGUGACAUUCACCAUGCCUCUAAAUGGUAAAUGCCACAGCUCAGCAAAUCACAAUUCCUGCUAAGACACUGAGGUUAAUAAUACGGGUAUAAGUCGAACCACAGCACCCAUUCCCCCAAACUCAAAUAUAAAAUGAUAAACUAAGAACAUGUGUUAGAAGUGUGAGCAUUUAAAUGGUAGCUUGUGUAAACUCUAAUUCAAUUGGAUUGGCUAAAUAGCAGAUGUGACAACUUGUCCGUAAGGACAAUAUAUCAAUUUUCACCUGUUAAACACUUUUUGCUACAGUUCAGUGAAUUUAUAACACUGGAACCUUUAAGCUGUGGAGUGAUCGCAGUAAUUUGUCAAAAUGAAUUGAACUGUGUUCAUCGGGACUUAGCUUAUAUCCCAGUUUCAUCUGAAGUAGUUAUAUUUUGGUGACCUGAUGUUGAGAGUUCUUGAAUUGCCAGCUCAGUGACUGUCACAAAGCGGUCCGUUUUCAUUUGUGUUUCUAGGAGUAGACCCAUUUCUCGAGCAAAAAAUACAAGUAAAACCUAUUCUACACCAAAUGCAAGAAACUGUAUUAAAAGGUUGAAUCAAUCUAUUCUAGGGGGGAAAUGUAAUUCUUAAUGUAAGGUGAUUUUGGGUUCUAAAAGGAGGGAAACUAGUAGGCUCCACUAGCUUUUCACUGCUGAGUGCAGGGGUUCUAAACAUAUGGACAGUUAAUGCAUUUACUUUUCAAAUCCCUUCUCUGUUCUGUAGAGUUGCGCAUUCGCCAUUCUUUUGGUUAAAAAAACAACUUUAUUUACAAUUGUGAUUUGUACAGUUUGUGUUUUACAUUGGGUCUUUUUUUUUUAUUUUAUUUAGAAUUUUCAGAUUUUUGUUUUUCAGUAUUUUAUAAAUCGUUUAAUAUCUGUUCCAUGUCUGUAUAAUAAGAACUGUGGAAUAAAUAGAUAAGAGUGA